CAGACGCUUCCGGAAGUACUGGAGGAAGAGCAGCGAGAUAUGAACGGCGCAGCGGGUGAUAUGCUGGAAGAGGGCGUGAGAACUGGUGACCUGAGCGUGGGCGGGGAUGUGGGCGUGACGCUAAGGUGCACCAUUUACACAGUGGGCGUCGGGAUGGUACAUGAGCUGUGUUCCGCCCGCACCGUGUCGGCAGCCUUGUGUGUUCAGCGGUUGUCAAGCGAGCGCCCCCUGAGUGAAGUGUGCGCCCCUUCCCCUCGCCGUCCCUGGGUGCUGGUGAGCCGACAGGUGGGGGUCGCCGCCCCUCAGGACAUUGAGGAAACCAGCGUGACAGUGUCAGGCCUCCAGGUGUGCCAUCACCAUCAUCACCAUCUGGGUUAUUCUCACUGCCACCCAGAGAGUGGCUGGUCCCCGGUCGUGUGCCCCCCUGAUCCCGCAUCGCCGCACCACCACAAGGGCCCGAAGAGGCUCCACCGCGGCCACCGCAGCCGCAAGGGCCAGUCUCGCAAGGUGUUCGCGGCCUCUGGCGACGAGAGCAGGGAGGCGCAUGGCGAGCGGCCGAGGAUCGCCAAGAAAAUUGACCUGGGAUUUUACAAGCCGGACGAGGCGCGUAGGAUCAAGAGGCAGGCGGACACUAAGCCUGAAGACGUAGAGAGCAUUUUGCUUAGGUUCAGAAGUGACAAGAAAAUAACUAAUAGAGAUGGAAGUAACGAAGAUGAUAAGGACGUGAAGGUGGAGCAGCUUGUCGACGAGCCUGACGUGCAGAAGGCGGUGACGGUGGAAGGCGAGCAGCAGCAGAACAGAGUAGAAGAUUCCGACACAAAAUCUGACGACCAGCAGGUGACUCCGGAGAGUCCUCAAUCCACAGAAGUCUCAGACGAGGAGAAGGGGCCCGUCUUUGUGGUAGCUUCAGGGCCGAUAUUUGUUCACGAUGCGCUGCCAAUCCCUGCACAAAAGGAUGAACAAGAAACGGCAACAGGUAAAGGGACAGUAGUCGAAGUCGACAUAACACAGACAGAGAAUGCACUCAUCGAGGCAUCCCUGGCAGACGAAUCCGCAGAGGAGCACAUGGACGAAUCCUUCUCCGGCGUUGAAGUAUCCGGUGAGGCAGAAGAACAGAGCGAGCCAGUGCGGAGCAGCGAUGGCCAGGACGACGCAGCAGAGACGGCGAAUCGCCCCAUAAUAUUUCCCGAAGACCCGCAGCCUUCGAACCCCGAUCCGACGCGGAGCCUCAUCAACGAGAGGGGGAUGGACGAAGGAUAUCCCAUCAGCUCUGGCCAGGACGUGCCGAGUGGGGACCGAGGGUCUGAGGGGACACCACGACCCGCGUCCAGCAUCAUCUUUCCACAUGACACGCCUCCGAGUGACCAUAUCGGUGUGGAGUCCUUAGCACAUGAAGAGGAGGGGCCAGCUGAGCCUCAGGUGACCACGGUACAGACGGAGGCAGUCGUACCUGUCAUCAGGGAUGCCAUGCCGGACCUGACUGACAUGGAAAUGAAUCCUGAAAUCAACGAAAUUCAAGACACGGAUGAUGCACCUGAAGCUGGGAAAAUGGCCGAUAAACCUGAGAUGGGUACGAAUGGUAUGUCAGAGAAGCCUUCAAACGAAGACCCAGCAGGAGAAACUAAGACAGACGACGCAGCGGGAAAGCCUGCGACGGAAGAUGCCACAGGAACGUCUGCAGCCGAUGACAUGGUAGAGGACACGGCAGAAAAGCCCACAGUAGAUAAAACAGCCGAAUCUGCCACAGGGGACACCGAAAGCAGAGCAGAGGAGGGGGCAGAGGACCCGGCAAUAACAGAAAAAGAAACCCCAGUGACGGGUGCCAAACCCGAGGCACUUUCUGAUCCUGGCCCUUCCCAGCAUAGUAAUACCGACGGCCAAACGGGGAGACAGCCUCUUAUCUCACAGAUCUUCAAAGGCUUAUUCGGGUAAUUGGCCGUGUUACCAGGUCAUUGUCUUUUCGUAUAUCAAGGUGUCUAGCACUUGAAAACGAAUUAUUUACUUGAGAUAGAUAGCAAUAUGAAUUCCAUAUGCACUUUUGAUGUCAUAUGGCACUUUUCAAAGACAAGUUUUCUUUGAUUUUGAUUUCGAGAUAUAGAGAUCCUUUGAAGCAUUAGAAAGUUUACUUUUUCGCAGAGAAGUAUUUCCAUCACACCCAGUACAAAGUAAACAUUACAAUAUGUUUGUCACUUAUACAGUGCCAUCAGUAGAUUAAUCGAUGUUGUCGGAAAUGCCAUUAGAUUUACAUGAGAAAGACAUAACUAGUAUAGAAGAUCUCAAGCUAAAAAAAUGACAUUAGAUAAAUAAAUAAGUGAAAAUUAUUAAAUGGAACUGACAUAAAAUAGAAAAUGACUUCUCGAUGUCAACCAGAUUUUUAGUACUUUCUUUUUUCAACGGGGAGUAUAUAAUUAUUGUAUAUUCAGGUAUACUCGUAAACACAUUCAUGCUGUAUUGCAAUAAUGAAGCCUUAUUUGAACCGCAACGUGUAACAUACCAAGCUUUUCCAGGUCUAGCCUUUACCAUACCAUUCCGAUAUCCCCCGUCUGACAAAUGUAAAUGAUAAUACUAGAGAUAAAAUCCUCCAUAGGUAGUCAUUCCUCUUAGCGUUUAUUGUCCGAAAUGUACAUUUUCAAUCAUGUUAAGCCGUAUUCCGAUAAGCUUUGAUGUUCAAGUAUUUUUUAAAUGUAUGCAUUUAAUUAUUUUCUUUCUUUCUUUCUUUCUGUGAUGUUUCAUGUUCCACGUAAACACUUUUGUGUAAUAUUCAACAGACCUGUUUGAAAUGGAGUUAAUAUCGUUAAUAACGCGCAAAUGUGUCUCUUUUUCUCCUUGACUUUUUUCUUUCUAUCUUUCUUUCUUUCCUUGUUCUGACUUCUGACUUUUUUCAUCAUACAACCACAAUUCCUCCGCUUCUUCCUUAUCGCACUCCAUUUACCUAGAGAUUAUUAAUCAUCCACAUCCCUGACACAAAACACGUAACGAGACACAGCAAACAUCGACACCUGAACAGACAACAGACCUAUCUUCUUCGUUCGAAAAUGCCAAUACCGUACUGCCUUCUUUUUAUAUGACCUUGAGAGACAGCACUUCCUCCCGAUACAUGGUCUUUCACGUAUAAUAACGAGAAUGCUUUCGCUCUUAUUACUGUUCAGUCCUACCAGCUUUAGAGUCUCGAAGACAGUGUGUGCAUACCCAUGUCCAAGGAUUAACAGUUACAUUAACAUAUGUGUUUAACUACAAUACCCCCCUUCCCCCCAGAUGUAUACUUUUUGUCCACAAUGCUCAUGCCCAUGUGAUAAAUUGAGAAACUUCUGUGAAUUUUUCUAGAUGUCACAAAUCCAGCCAUCAUAUAGCUGUUAGGACGUAGCUAGUGUAAGGUCCUCGGAUACAAGAGGUAACAAAAUACGUCAUCAGCAGACUGUGGUAUCGUUGUUACCAUAUCCCUUUGCCGUUUAAACGAACUGUUGGUAUCAUGUAAUACACUAUAGUGCAUCAUGCAGUUCUUGAAAUGUAUCUGAAAUGUAAUCUGUCAUGAGCUAGAUGAUUGAAUUAGGGCAUGUAAAAAGCAAGCCCUUGUACAGGCAUGUUCUAGAAUUUUAAACAUUUGAAAGGGUUUGGCCCUUCUGGGAAGAUGACGUAAUCAGUCCUCUAAUGUUUAAGGUACUGAAAAGCUCAAGAACUUGUUCCGCCUUCUUGUAUAUUGAGAUCUUUUUGUACAUAAACUCCAUAGGCGAUAUACCUAUAUAAUGUGAAUUUGUAAUAUAUCUUAGUAAACACGUUAUGUAUUGAAAUAUAUAAUAAAUUUGCAGCGUCAAUUAAUGUAAUUCUUGAAAAAUAUUCAUCAAUGUAGCACGAAAUAUAUGUGUAUGUUUCUGAUAUAUACUACACACCCACACAAAUAUACGCGUACACACAAACACACACACACACACACACACACAUA